UUGAAAUGAGGAAAGAUUAGGGGUAAAAUGAUGGAUUGGGCCUGAGAGAUGGAAGGCUUUUUGGGGCCAGUUGGCAUUUAUAUGGCGCAAGUAAAAGGGAAACAGAAGCUGGGAGAAUGGGAGUGUCUGUUGUUAAGUUGAGAAAAGAGAAAAAGUGAUAACUUUCCAAUGCAAAAAUCACAAGGCGUCCCUGAAAAUCUCUGCUCUCAUUGCAUACUCCCUCGUCUCAUCCAUUUAUUUUACCCUCUUUUUUCUUUAUAUCCUAAAGACAUGAAAGAACCCAUGUUUUUGAAUCAGUUCAUGCACUUUCUCAAAUCAAUUCACACUUUCAGAAGGAAAACUCCUUUUGAUUGUUUGUUUUGACACCCGACUCAAUUCAGUUAGAAGCCACCGUCUUUUCUUUUCCGCACUGCACUUUCGGUUGAAAUGGGGGGUUCAUGGUUCCAUGCAUUUAUGAGGCUGGGAAGAUCGUCGAAGAAGAGCAAGCAACUAACAGCCCCUUCGAAGACGGACAUGGAGAACAUGGAGAAGAGGAGAUUCGACAGCUUAGAGUCAUGGUCCAUGAUAUUGGAGUCUGAGAAUGUGGAGGCGUGGGAGGUGUCCAAGGAGGACCAGGAGGAAUGGACAGCUGACCUUUCCCAGCUUUUCAUAGGCAACAAGUUUGCCUCCGGUGCCCACAGUCGGAUAUACCGGGGUAUUUAUAAGCAGAGAGCUGUUGCUGUCAAAAUGGUCAGAAUUCCUAACCACAACGAAGACACUCGAACGUUGCUCGAACAGCAAUUCAAAUCUGAAGUUGCUUUGCUCUCCCGUCUCUUUCAUCCCAACAUAGUUCAGUUCAUUGCAGCUUGUAAAAGGCCACCUGUAUACUGUAUUAUCACAGAAUACAUGUCACAAGGAACUCUCAGAAUGUAUCUAAACAAGAAAGAGCCCUACUCUCUGUCAACGGAAACAAUAUUGAGGUUAGCACUUGAUAUAUCACGAGGUAUGGAGUAUCUUCAUUCACAAGGUGUGAUCCACAGAGAUCUGAAAUCAAAUAAUUUGCUUUUGAAUGAUGAAAUGCGUGUUAAAGUAGCAGAUUUUGGUACGUCGUGCCUAGAAACACAGUGCAGAGAAACCAAAGGAAACAAGGGAACUUACCGCUGGAUGGCGCCGGAGAUGAUCAAGGAAAAAUCCUAUACUCGGAAAGUUGAUGUAUAUAGUUUUGGUAUUGUGUUAUGGGAGCUAACUACAGCUUUGCUUCCCUUUCAAGGAAUGACUCCUGUACAGGCUGCAUUUGCUGUGGCUGAGAAGAAUGAGCGACCUCCAUUGCCAGCAAGUUGUCAGCCUGCACUUGCACACUUGAUAAAGCGUUGCUGGGCAGCAAACCCAUCAAAGCGACCAGACUUCAGCUACAUUGUUUCUGCUUUGGAGAAAUAUGAUGAAUGCGUUAAAGAGGGCCUUCCUCUGACUUCACACCCAGGGCUUGUCAGCCGAAAUGUCAUCGUUGAACGCUUGAAAGGCUGUGUAUCCAUGAGCUCAUCUAUACCUGUACAUGCAUAGAUUCACAGCAAGGUAUUGUUGUUUCUUAUUACAUAAAGGAAAUUAACUUGUAUAUGAUGUUUUUACAAAUUGUAAGGUAAUGGUCUAAGUGGCAUCUCGAUAAGGUUGAUAGAAUGUAGUUUGUGUUUUGGAUUAAUUGAUUCUAUGUAAUUGUUUUUUUUUUUUCACUAUGAACUAGAGCUAGAAUGAAUGUUAAAAUUACUGGAGAUAACAAUGAAAAGUGGAGCUGCCUUGAUAAUAUAUGCUACAGAAGCUACAUGUUAGAUCCUUAAAAUUUAUAAAAUGAAA